AGCAUUUUGUGAAAAGAGAGAGAUACUGUAUUUGAGGGACACGGCAGGAAGGUGUGUGGGGUUAGUCAAACAAGUUUGUUGAACUGAAGUUACUGCACAAACCUGUCCUAAACAGGCUGCUUUGUUACUUGUACAAACUAGUUACGCAUGUCCCAAUCAGGAGACCUUUCACCACGUUGUAAACAGAUUUCCAAAACAUUUCAGCCCAGGAUAUACAUUCCGAUCAUGCUGAGUUUACGGUGUUAAUUUUACAGUUCAUCAGAGCUUGUUCGCCCGCGGGGGGUGAUUGCAACCUUCACGUGGUCCGCCCUGUUUCGACGAAUGCAAUCAACCCGGCGUGCACAAUCAAAUAACAUCAAAUGGAACAAGUUGUCCUAGAACUUUAGGCUGUGCACGUCGUACGCAAGGAGAAGUUCCCCCGCCACUGCCUGGUGUUAUCUCAGCGCUUCUCACGGGAGAAAGGUCAGAUCUCGGUUCGAAAGGACUGCAGUGAUAUGGGAACACCAGCACAUGGAGAACUCUGUCCAGAUAGCUACGAUUCCUACUGCUUUAAUGGAGGCACCUGCUACAUUCUAAUAUCCACUCCAUUCUGCUGGUGUAACAACAGUUUCAAAGGCAACCGAUGCCAGGAGUUUGUGCUGCUCAGCCAGCAGCCGGAGAGGACCGUCAGCUUGUUGCUGGUCAUUCUCAUUGUGGUGACCCUGCUGGUCGUGUUACUUGCGAUCACGGGCCGAACCUACUGCUACUGCCGGAAACAGAGGCAGAAGAGGAGGAAGAAGCAGCGCCGGAGUUUGUACCAGGUCGUGGCCCGACACAGAAGCAUCGACAUCGGGUAGACAUUCGCCUCCGUGGAAGCACGACAGGGGCCGUCGAGCCAAAUAAACAAUAAACUCAUGGCCGAGAUUACUAAAGGACGAGCUGCAGUCUGAAUACACACGGCAUUAAAACGCGCAUACCCACUCACUCACACACACACACAUACAGCUCCAGACACCCAGUCAACCAACGCUCCCUGUGGAUCAGAGGGAAUUUCCUCCCCGGACCUUUCCGUUUAAAGCACAGAUCCUCAGAUUGAAGCUAGUCUGAAGAAGGGUGUCGGCCCGAAACGUUGCCUAUUUCCCUCGCUCCAUAGAUGCUGCUGCACCCGCUGAGUUUCUCCAGCAUUUUUGUCCAUCCUCAGAUUCAUCCAUUCAGCAAUCAAUUUUUAAGUCCACAUGGGGACGUUCGACUGAAAAUAGCUCAUCUCCAAAGCCGUGGCACAAGAACAAACGCAAGAACGCUUCGAGGAUGGACUAAAUGCCAAGGCUGCAAUAGGAGAUACGAGAGACUGCACAUGCUGGAAUUUUGAGCUGAAAAAUAAAAACUCAGCGGGCCGGGUAGCAUCUGUGGAGGAAAAUGGACAAGCGACGUUCUCGAUCUGACCCCUCGUCAGACUGAUACAGUCCCUCUAGUAGUUUGUUUUUUUGGCACUAUCUUUGGUAUAUUCCCUACUACAAUCAGUCUGAAGAAAUGUCUGGACCCAACAUGUUACCUAUCCAUUUUCUCCAGAGAUGCUCCCUGACCCGCUGAGUUACUCCAGCAUUUUGUGUCCACCUUUGGUUCCUUGCAGCUCUGCUCCUUCGUUACCCACAGAAUCCGGGCUACGUUAAGGGAACCCUUGCUUUUCCUCUCUCUCCAUCCCUCCCCCUUCCUAGUUCUCCGACCAGUCUGACUGUCCCCGAUUAAAUUUUAUCUCUGUAUGCUUCGUUAUCUCCUUCUCCUCGCUACCAAUGAUCUAUUCCACAUUUUCCUUGAUUCCCCAUCUCCUUUGAUGUGUUUUCACACCUUACCCUUCCUUAUCUCUUUGUGACUUCCCUCCCAACCCCCCAGACUCUCAGCCUGAAAAAGGGUCUCAGCCCUAAAUGUCACCCAUUCCAUCUCUCCAUAGAUGCUGCCUGCCCCGCUGAGUUACUCCAGCAUUUUAGAAACAUAGAAAAUAGGUGCAGGAGUAGGCCAUUCAGCCCUUCGAGCCUGCACCGCCAUUCAAUAUGAUCAUGGCUGAUCAUCCAACUCAGUAUCCUGUACCUGCCUUCUCUCCAUACCCCCUGAUCUCUUUAGCCACAAGGGACACAUCUAACUCCCUCUUAAAUAUAGCCAAUGAACUGGCCUCAACUACCUACCCAGUCUGAAGAAGGUUUCGGCCCGAAACGUUGCCUAUUUCCUUCGCUCCAUAGAUGCUGCUGCACCCGCUGAGUUUCUCCAGCUUUUUUGUGUAACCUGGCCUCAACUACCUUCUGUGGCAGAGAUUUCCACAGAUUCACCACUCUCUGUGAGUAAAAUGUUUUCCUCAUCUCGGUCCUAAAAGAUUUCCCCCUUAUCCUUAAACUGUGACCCCUUGUGUUGUGCCUAUCUUUGGUAUAAACCAGCAUCUGCAGUUCCUUCCUACAUACAUACCUCAAAGUAACACUGGGGCCUGAAAGGGUGAGUCUGGUGGACUAUUCAACCAGAUUCCCCUCCCAUCUAAAUUGUAUGGAUUACUGCUUGGAAGUAAUUGGGCUUCCCACAACAUGUUUAACACUGCCACUCUCAGUCAGAAGACGGGUCUCGACCUGAAACGUCACCCGUUCCAUCCAUCCAGAGAUUCUGACUGUCCCGCUGAGUUACUCCAGCAUUUUGCACCCAAGCUUGCUUGCAUCACUGCACUUCAAAAGGACACACAUUGCCGGGGUCACCUGCUGCAGGUCAGGCAGCAUCUCUGGAGAACAUGGAACCCGUGACUUUACAGGGCUCGACUCCAGCACGUAGUAUCAUUUUGAUGAAUGCAACUCCACCAUGAACGCUUCCAGAUGCUUGCGAAUAUAUUUUAAAUUCCAUAACACUCGUUUUCCGAAAUAAAGGAACAGUAUGUUUUGCAAAAAAAAUCAAACAUUCGACGUAGUUUGGUGCAUCUGCAGUAUAUAAAAUCAUACCGUGUACAGUG